GCCUGGUGGAGCAACGUCGCCAAGAAUUUCACAGGAUACAAGCUCGUGGCCUUGUGGGGUCCUGGCGAUGCCCCCGAAAUCGUGGAGCGACACGAGGGGGAACUCUUCCGCAGGCCCUUAUCGCCAGAGCAGAUGCAGUCUCUAUCAAAGGCGGCCAUCAUCGCCCUCCUGGAGCCCGGAGACGUCGCGAGUUUCAGCGGCGGCCUCCCACAUGCCACGGUCGUGGUCGGGCCCGAGCUCAACCUCACCGCGUACGAGAGCCUCGUCAACUGGCAUCCGGCCAAUGCAGGCCUCCUUCUGCGGGGCUUGGCGCGCCGAGGCAAGGGCGUCAUGACCCGCGGCGCGAUGCACGGCCUGCUGGACGACAUCGUGGACGCCCUUUGGCAGCAGUGUUGCGUAAGUAGAGUCCAUGUGCAACCCUUCCACGGAGGUGAUGUCCUACUGCUGCAGUUGGGAUCCUCCAACGAUGACAGGGGCAACGUGGAUGGGGAGGUACGGCAGCGCGCCGUGAAAACCGCCUCCCUCUGGAGAUCCCUGAGAGCUGCGGGCCACCGUGUGUCGGUCCUUCUUUCAGGUGGCAAAGACCCUGAUCGCUUUUUCAACCACACGGAGAUCUCGCACUGGAGAUACGUGCGGGAGGCCGUGCUGGAGUGUGGAGUUCCGGCAGAGCACAUCGCCGACCCGGGCCUUGAAGCCCUCCACACCGUGGACGAGGCCCUCAUGGCUGCCGAGUACGUGCGCCGGAAUUGCAAGAACUCUCUCCAGAGCCUUCAGGUCAUCACCAGCGACUUCCAUGUGGCCCGGGCCCGGCACCUCUUCCACGUGGCCUUCGCCGCUGUGGGGCUUCCGGCCCCACUGGUGCUGGGCGUGCCCGACGCCUGCGAGGGUGAGGCGCUGCGGGCCCACCGCGCCAAGGAGGCCUCCUCCAGGGCUUUUUGGCUUCGGGGGUUUAGGGUUUAG